AUGGCAACUGAAGCCACUUCUGAGAACUUCGCGACCCCAUCUAUAACUCCUGAUCAUGAGCUGAACACUACUGAGACCAAGAGUCAAGAUGUGCCCUCCGAACAAAACCUUUCUAUAGAUGGAAUCACUACCGAUAAAGAUGGAAGUAAACAAUAUUUGGAUCUUCUCGAACCCACCAAUAACUCAGCGGAGGUCAGUGUUAGUGAAGGAUCGGAUACUGAAGCUACGAAAGCGGAAACCUCGAAAAUUGGUGAUGAGAAAGGUGGUCAUGUUCGAUCGGCCUCGACCGUCAAGAAACCCGUCACUUCUUUCAAGGCAGUUUCAGUAAACAAGACGUUUUUGGCUUCGAAAGCUUCCACGACUGUGGCCCCAUCGAAGAUUGGAGAUAAAGGUCUAGCAGUUUCAACUACCACGCCAACAACUUUGACAGCUUCGACAUCAUUUACACCAAAACCUAGAUUGGUCGCAAAGACAGGAAGUGGCCUUCGUGAUUCAACACCUCGAGUUUCAACUACAGUGAAUGGCGGAACAGCUGGUGGUGCUCCUGAUGCGAGUGCUGUGUGGAACAAAAACAGACCUGCAGCCCCGCCAGAACCAAAGCGAUUCACAGAUGAAGAACUGAAACUCCGUUAUGGUAUUCAUCUAGCAACGAGACUACAAUCUGACGACCCUGGUAAGCAAGCAAAUUGGGCAGACAUCGACGAUGACGAUGAUGAUUGGGCACCCGAAACAAUUGAGUGGACCGAUGGCACAAAGAUUACUCUACCACACGCAGAUGAAGCACCUCCUCCACCUCCCGAACCUGUACCAGAGCUUGCGCCAGUUGUAAGAGAAAUUCAGAAAGCAGAGCCCGCACCAAAAUUAUCUCAAUCACCAACACCUCAGGCGAUAGCCGCACCGGCUCCUCGACUUGGGUCCGGAAAAGCUGGUUUGAUUCUUAAGGGUGCUCUUGAAAAACCUACUCUCGUUGCAAAACCACCUGGACCUCCAACACCUGUUAAAUCUCCAUGGGCCCAACUUCCACCAGUUGAAAAGGUAGCCCCUGUCGCAAACGAUUUUCACCAACAUUCACUGCAACAACCUCAGCAAAGUCGAUUCAACCAACGAGAUCCUCAUGGGUUUUCUGGUAUACCACCACCACCUGCAAAAGAAAUUGCCGCCGAUGACUUUAGUCGGACAUGGAGAGAAAGCAAUGCGCAUGCUAGCAGGGAGCUCUACAAUUCUCAAUCUGGUAGAUAUGAACCUGUUAAUGACGCUCGUCGUGGAGUCUCGAGAUCCGAUGGACAAACUCGUGGGCCUGCAGUUCUUCAACGACCAUCGCAUCAAGAUGGACCUGCAGAGCCCUCUGCCGCCUUCCAAACUCAUCGCGCACAUGGGCAAGAAGGCUCUUAUGGACGCCGUCGCACUUCAUCUAAUGUUAGUGGAGGAAGUGGAAACUUUGCUAGACGUAUGAGCCGUGGUCAUGAUAUGCCGCCGCCACACGAUAUGUUGAACGCACGCAGAGGCUCUUUGGCGGCUGUAAGCGAUGCGCCAUCUUCACCGAGAAAUUUCUCUCCAUCCGGUCAACAUUUUCCACCUCAGCAACAUCAGCAACGAGGUCUUCAAAACCAAAACCAGUCAUGGCAAUCUCGGGCAUCACCAAGUGUCAGUCAUCCAUCCCCACAUUCUGCUUAUGGUCAACUUGCUCCAGUUUCGGGCGAUAUGCAUAUGCAUGGCCAAGGUCCACCACAGGGCCCACCAAUGGAUUCAGCGCCAAAGGAAGACGUUCUGGAAGAACAGAAAAAUAUCAUGAAGCGCACUCGUGAACUCGCAAUUAAGAGAAGACAAGAGGCAGAAGCAAAAGAAGAGGCCGAAAGAAAGGAGCGUAUUCGUAUUAAGCUUGAAGCUAUGGGCCCACCUCCAGAGAAGAAAAAGGGGAAGGACGAGCUGGCCAAAGAAGAUAUCGUUCCUAUAUCAAUUCAGUCACGCGAGGUAAAUCCAAUUUCUUCGGCCAAAGUGGUGGAAAAAUCCAACGAUGUACGCGCACCAAAACCAGAUGUCGCAAACGAAAAUCUCAAUGCAAGACACAUCGAAGAUAAUCCUACUGGUUCAGAUUUACGACCAAAUGGUGUAUUCCAACCGAGUGCUUCCGCACCUACACAACAACUUGUGCCUGACAACCGAAAUCCACAAUCCUGGCAGAGAAAUUCAGCUUCAAAUUAUCCUACCGACAGAUUCACUUCAUGGUCGGCUGCGCCCCCUCCACCACAAAAUUCUUCUUCGAGAAUUUGGGGACCUCCUACGAAUGAAAAAACAAUUGGAAACGGUACCUUCAAUCCAGAUUUAAACAGGCUUCCAGAGAUGUCUCGCCAAUCACUCUCAGAUUUGUCUCAUCCAUCUGCUCAUCCAGGACCAAUUGGCCCACCUGGCGCAAAUCGUGGUAAUGGUCCCUAUCAGGCAAACCGUGGUCGCGACCAAUACAAUUCUCGACCACCUCCAAUCGGACCUCCAUCAGCGAAUAGAGUAACGCAACCACCGAGAUCAUACGAAGAUGAGCAACGAAGAGCUAUGGCUAGAUCUGUUUGGGGUGGCGUGCCAGACAGAAUCUCACAAGAGGAUGUACUUCUUCAUCAACAACACCAAGAGGAAUUGGAGCGCAAGCGUGAAUUGGAAGCAGCUGGUGUUGUGCAAGAACCUUCUCAGCCUGUUUACGAAGAUACCUGGAAACAAGUUACAUUGAACGAAGACGGCACAAGAAGCAAGACGAAGAAGGUUUCGACUGCAUUAAUUGAUGGAGGAUCAUCGACUUCUUCAGGUUUGACUGAAAAUAUUUCUCGCGGCAGUGCUCAACCCGAAUCAUCUCGACCGCAAUAUAAUAACUUAUGGCCAUCGGGUCCAGAGACAAAUGCAUCAACUACACAUCGAGAGUCGAAAUUUUUCCCAAAUAUUAAUCGUGACAUUCGCCUUAGUGAGGUGAUUGGUCAUGGUUUUGAACGAUCGUCAACACCAUCCCCACCUCCACCUACCAUGGCUGGUCACCCGGCGUAUGAUAGCGAUUUCGCACAUCCACAUGUCGCUUUACCGCCACCUCUACCUGUCGUUAGAUUGCCGCCUCCGAAUGUUGUCACACUAAUUGCUCCCCCUCGACCACAAUCUUUUGCAGCCGCAGCAGCUGCCGCUGCUCCUGCAGUUCCUGCCAUCAAUCAGAUACCUGGGUUAGCAGCACGUCAAGGACUUGCGCGAGCUGGGUCAGCCUCUAAUGACACUCGCAGAGGUCCAACUCCUUCAACUCAGACAGGCGAAUGGAAAGAAAAGAUUGAUCAGUUGUUCGGCAAAAGGUCCCCACCAAGAACUCAUGCUCUUGCUGUAAACUCUUCUAGCAGACGUGCGCUUGAUCAUUCGUCAGGUCUGCACGCUUCUUCUGCCACUGUCUCUCUCCCUGGAUCCAUGAAUGGGAACUCGAGCUAUGAAGAAGAACCACUGGACACAAAACCAGCCGCGGAGGAAUGUUUCGAAGAACAAGAGAUGGGGUCAUUGCCUGUCAUCAAGAUUCCACAGACCACGCCACAAAAUGCAUUUCAACCCGUUGCAGCUCCGAGAAAUAUGCCUCGAAGAUUCCUCGUUUCUGACACAACAUCCGUCGAACCAAUUCAAUUUCUAGUAGAGACCAGCAAUAAUACCAGUCUUCUUGUCAUUAUGCUACCGGGCCAAGAAAUCUCUAGGGUCGUUCAUCUUCCAACGCCUCGUAUCAGAAGUAAUCCUAGACGUGGACGCGGUGGAUCACGACAAGCUUCAUCAACCCAUCCAAGAGGUGGCCGUGGUACAAGAGAUGCCAACAGUGGCCCUUCAUCCACCCCUCGCGAUACUCAAUCUCCUAACCCAAGCAAUACUUCUAGCCGUGGCCGUGGUGGAAGAGGGCCUGGAAAUAAUUCGAACUGGAAUCGCCAUGUUGCGACACCGGUUCACACUUAA